UCUUCGUCGGUGGUGGCGCCGCGUCGAGCCGCUUCCUCCGGCCCCGAUGACAGGUCUCCCAUUUAGACCCGAGAGGGAAGUUUACCUCCGGCGACCUGCGGGUAGAGUCGAGGCGGACAACUGCUCGGUGCUGGGUUACACGUUUACGACAUGAAGCUGUGAGGCAUGAGGCAGCCUGGACGAGCAUGAUGGAGGAGGCUGCCAGUCAGCUCGAGCGAGACCACGUGCACAGCGUCUACGACAAGAUUGCUCCAUAUUUCAACGACAGCCGCUAUAAAGCCUGGCCGAAGGUACGGCAGUUCCUGCUGGACCUGCAGCCCGGGAGCAUCAUCGCCGACGUCGGCUGUGGCAAUGGCAAGUACCUCCACAUCAACAAGGACGUGUUCAAGCUGGGGUGCGAUGUUUGUCGCCCCCUGGUGGACUAUGCUUGGAGCCAAGGACACGAGGUCCAGAUGUGUGACGGGCUGCAUCUGCCUUACAGAGACGGCUGCUUCGACGCUGUGCUCUCUAUUGCAGUCAUUCAUCAUUUGUCCACCAAAGAGCGGCGUAUUCGAGCAAUAAAGGAGAUGGCUCGCACCUUGCGAGUGGGCGGACGCAUCAUGAUCUACGUCUGGGCCAUGGAGCAGAAGCGUCGUAAAUUCGAGAAACAGGACAUCUUCGUUCCCUGGAACCCCAAUCCUCAUUUGCCCCCCGACUUCGGCAGAGAGCACGUCAAACCCAGAAGGAGAGCCACAGCACAGAGCGUGAGCGAAGCCAUAGACAACGCCGAAAAGCACAGGAAGGUUAGAAGCACAUCCUCCGUGGCGGACGAAGAGGAUCUGACUCACAACAUCCCGCAGCAGAGGACGCAGAGACUGUGGUUCUUCUCCAGGUCCCUUGACUCUGUGUUCGACUUUGGAAGCUUAUCCAUCUCCCGGUCGUCCUCCAGAGACUUGAGCACUUUAUCUUCACCCACUGCUGAAAGCGGAGAGAGCAAGAGCAGCCAGCGCGGAAGAGGACGAGGCCUCAUCAAGCAGGUCUCGAGCUUCUUUUCCCCGCCGUCCGUGAUCGGAUCGGAAGAGGACGUGUUCGACUGCGUCGCCGACCUGAGCAAAGGACACGACGACCCUGGGGGACACGACAACAACAACGGCACGGAGAAACGCGGCGUCUCGUUAUCUUUAGCCCAGGAGUGUGGCUCUGUGGCUCUGCCGGAUCUGGUCUCCUUGCAGGGGGAGCACCUGAAGCAGCAUGGAGAGGAAAGUGGAGGAGGGCGGCAGGGGGAAGAGCAGCGGGAAAGCACACAGAGUCCUCAGGGGAGCGAAGGGCAGGCGGAAGGCUCCUGUCUGAGGUACUAUCACGUCUUCAGGGAGGGGGAGCUGGCGGAGCUGAUAGAGCAUCACGUGGAAGAGCUUCACGUCACACAGACUUACUUUGAUCACGCCAACUGGUGUGUGGUGGCAGAGAAAGUUCAGUUAUGGAAGAUUUGAUUUUAACUUCAGUUUACUUUGCGUCGCUGCUGCCUCAAGUUUUAGCACUGACUCACACAUUUGAUGAGGUUACAGUUAAAUUACCCCACUGCUAUUACAGCUCCCUACUCAACUGUUUAGAAAGUUUUAUUUAUUUAUUUAAAUCUUAGUAGCUGUGGGACAGUCUUUGUGUCAGACAGCAAUAUUUUAAAAAGGCAUUACUGUAAUAUUUUCAGCACAGAGGAUGGAAGUUGUGGUACAAUUAUAAAGUAUUUAUUCUAUUUGAAGCCAACAAGCAGUAUCUUCAUGUGUCCUCUUUUAGCGUAUGUUUGUUUUUAUUGUAAAACCACAGCCAGCACCAGUGCUGCUGAUUUUAACACGUAUAUUUCUGCAAGGAAGACAUUCUGAAAUGCACUGUUUUUUAAAUUUUUUUAUUUAGGCUUUAAAUGUUAGCCAGAGAGGAACUAGUGAGCCGACAGUAUACUCUUCCAUCUUCUGUGUUUCGUUUCGAUGCACUGAUUUUGAUGGAGGAUUCUCGCUUUCUUCGCAUCUGCCUGUCAUUCGUAAUCUGUCAUUAGGUAGAACUCAAAGUCGUGCAGAAUAUCUUCCAACACGUUUGUGCCAUUCUCUUGUUUUUCAAAGAUCACGUCGCCGCUGUGUGUGUGCGCGUGCACGUGCUUGAUGUUGUUAUUUGAAAUAGAUGCGAUAUUGUGUAACGAGCUGAUCAUGCCACCAGUCAGUGUGUUUCAGCCGAUCAACUGCCUCAUAUACUGUGAACAAUGAACAUUGCACUGUACCAUGAACACGUCGCUGCUUGAUGUCAGUGAAUGACAUAUAAAAUAGGUGAAACUUGAAACAUACUGGUCAUCUGUUGACGCUUGUGCCGACAGCGGUGCAUAUUCUUAUCAGUACAGUAUGUGUGGACCAACUGUGUUUGUUCUGAAGUGACGCUGGUACCUUGAUGUCUUAUGUGAACUGAUGUAAAUACUUGGAAUUAGUUUUUUUUUUUCCUUAUUAAACGUUUUUUUGUUCAUGA